AUGGAGAAGGAUAUCAGAACAAGCGUCAAAUAUGUAGACACAUCAAAGGAUAUAUGGGAUGAUCUAGAGGAAAGGUUUGGAAAAGAAAGUGCUCCAACAGCAUAUGAGUUGAAACAGCUUAAUUCAUUUAAACAAAAAGAAAAGCUCUACGAGUUCCUCAUGGGUCUUGACAAUGAAUACUCCAAAAUCAAGACACAAAUUCUUGCCAUGAAACCCACACCCUCUUUAGGAACCGUGUAUCACUUGGUGGCUGAGGACGAACAGCAAAGGGCGGUUUCGGUAUCCAAGCAGACAAACACAGAGGCUGCAACAUUUCAGACCUACACUCCAGGGAGAAAAGAAAUCACUACAGAUUUCAAUUGUCAAAAGAAGAAGUCUGCACCAAAAGACAUUAAGAGGGCAAUAGGAGAAGAGGUAGAGCACUGCAACCACUGUGGUAAGAAUGGUCACAAUACAGACAGAUGUUUCAAAAGAAUUGGGUAUCCCGAUUGGUGGCCGAAUAAGGCGAAAUAG